GUGUAAGGGUAAUGGCCGAAAGUGUAUGGUAAAUAAUGCGGUUGCGUUAUGGCUUUUCUUUGUCCUGUGAGAAUACGCCGCGGAAAGAAGAAGAAAACAUCAGGAGAUGCGGACAAGGACUUGGUUCGUACUCCCGGAAUGGGCCGCAUCACAGGAAGUGCCUCGAUCGAGACUUUGGUUCGAGUUGGAAUCGAAAAGGAGAAUGGCCUGGCUCCAGAUAGCAAGAUGGUUGUGCUUCACGACUUCACACCCUGUGUCGAUGAUGAGUUAGAAGUGAAGAGAGGACAGGUGGUAAACAUCCUGUAUCGUGAAAAUGACUGGGCGUAUGUUAUUGCUGCAGACAGCCGACAGGAGGGGUUUGUGCCUCACUCGUACUGCACACCAUAUAAUUCUCACUUGGGUGAGCUUGCAUUAAACAAUGUGAAGAAAAAGCUUCCCCGUGAACAGCAGCAGCGGGCUGGAGGUGCUGGGACUGGUGGUGCAAAUGCAUCUUCAAAUAGUGGUGGAGGUGGCACCACUGGGAGCGGAGGUGCAGUAGUAGAUAAUCCUGUAGUGGCGACCAGUGAAGGAGAAGCUGUACAGGAAAGUCGGACUGGUGCUGACAUUUCAGACUGCGAGAGUUACGGGAACAAAAAAAAUACAGGUGCUACACAGCAGCUUAAUAUAACAAGCUCUCAAGCUUCACUGCAUAGUGUCUCUUCAUCACAACCAGAUGUGCAUCCAUUUUUUAAGGAUCCAUCUGGCAGAUAUAUUGUGCUCUAUACGUUCAUAGCACGAGAUGAAAAUGAUGUUAGUGUGGAACGUGGGGAAUUCGUGACCGUUUUAAAUCGAGAGGAUCCUGAUUGGUACUGGAUAGUCCGGAGCGAUGGACAGGAAGGUUUUGUGCCUAGUGGGUUUGUCUAUCCAGCCCACAUAGUGCAAGGGCAUCUGAAUCAGAGUAAUAAUCAAAAUGUGAACAACAAUUUUGCAUCACAAAGCAAUGCACAUCUACUCGCAUCACAGUCAAAUGAUGACUUACGUUAUCAUGGGACCGAACUUGUAAUGCUUUACGACUACAAGGCUCAAGCUCCUGAUGACUUAUCAGUUCGACGUGGUGAUUGGAUAUAUGCAGACCUCAAUAAUCAGACAGUGGAUGGUUGGCUGUGGGCAUAUGCUCCAAAAACUCGCAAGUACGGUUUCAUACCGAAAGCAUAUGCUCGACCACCAGCUAUGACAAGUCUAUAGAAAGAAUGGUCUACAAAGAAGUUUUACUCCAGCUGCCAUUAAAUUUAUUUUGUUUGUGUGUGUGUGUGUGUGUGUGUGUGUGUGUGAGAGAGAGA